UCUGCGGGGAGUGUUUGCAGCCCUGCCUCCAGGUGCCCUCCCCGCUGUGCCCGCUCUGCCGCAUGCCCUUCGAUCCCAAGAAGGUGGAGAAGGCCUCCAACGUGGAGAAGCAGCUCUCCUCCUACAAGGCGCCCUGCCGGGGAUGCAGCAAGAAGGUGACGCUGACAAAGAUGAGGUCCCACGUCUCGUCCUGUGGGAAGGUGCAGGAGCAGAUGGCCAACUGCCCCAAGUUCGUGCCGGUGAUCCCCACCUCCCAGCCCAUCCCCAGCAAUAUCCCCAACCGGUCCACGUUCAUCUGCCCUUACUGCGGUGCCCGCAACCUGGACCAGCAGGAGCUGGUCAAGCACUGCAUGGAGAACCACCGCAAUGACCCCAACAAAGUGGUGUGCCCAGUCUGCUCCGCUAUGCCCUGGGGGGAUCCCAGCUACAAGAGUGCCAACUUCUUGCAGCACCUCCUGCACCGGCACAAGUUCUCCUAUGACACCUUUGUGGACUAUAGCAUUGACGAGGAGGCAGCACUGCAAGCCGCGCUGGCGCUUUCCCUCUCUGAGAACUGACGGCCAUGGCCAAGCUGCAGCGGGGCCCUCGACCUUCCACCCUCCUCUGCACUGGCCGCUUGCCACUGCAGCCAGUGAGGCAGGGAGCUCAUCCACCCCGGCAUCCUCUAGCGAGUAGGCAGACCAUCCUCUCAGCCUCGCACCUUGUUGAAUAAGGUGGGAGCUUUCAGUGACGUGACAGAGUGGGGGCCAGAGCAACCCUGGCUGGACAGGACGGGGGCCCUUCCCUGCUGCCGGGUUCCUUCACUGGGACGUUCCAGAUCCAGAUAACGGAGUAUACAUCGAUCUAUUUAUUACUAGAUGCUUUUUGGGCACCGUCUACCCUCUUCCUCUUCACAGUUUAAUCGGUACUUCUUUCAGCAGCGUGUUCAGGACCACACGUCUUCAUCAGGAGCUCUGCUCAUUCCCUGUUUUCUCUUUCCAAAGCACGGAGCAGAGGGGGGUUGAGCCCGGGAAGGGCACAGAUGGAGACCCCGACCCUCCACAGCUGAGUGGCAACUGCUCAUGCUCUCCCCCACAUGGGCCCAGACCAGAAGCAAGGUGGCACUUGGGCUACAGCGGCUGUGCUGUGAGGACAAGCGUACUGGAAAUCUGUAGCUAGAAGCAGCUGGGAGGCCCUGAGCCCUCCUGCCAUUCGCCAUCCAGUCCAGUUCUCUCCCCCUGAUCAUUUUGUACUGGCUUUUUGUGAUGCAAGGAGUUCUUGCAUUUUUCUACAUUAACCCAUGUGAAACCUUUUCACGUUUUCUAGGGCCAGGGUGAAGCGGCAACUCCUCUUCAUGUUGCAAUACUGGUGUCUGACUAGGGACAGUAGUAUUUUUAUGGGACAUUAUUAAGAGAAAAAAAAAAAUCUAUUUUUCAAAGCUCAUGCUGCAGGUUGGAGAAAGAGGGCAGGGAUGACUAGUGUUAUCUUCCUGGAGGCCUGAGCGACUCUGUUAGUUUCAGACAUGUUGGUUUAUCUCCAAGGGUUUUCCAUCGGGCAUCUCUACAAAGAAAGCUGAGGCUGGCAUGCGGCUGAGCUGGGGCCAAGAUAGUGGAUGCAAUGCCAGGAGUUACUCAGUAUUAUGCGAGCUCCAGGUUUCGGCCCGUUUUUGGUCUGCAGGCGGUGUUAGCUGGCUUCUUUGUAGUGACGAGGGUCUCUGCGAUCUGCCGGAGCCUGGCAGGCAUUAGAGCAGGGCUGCUUUGGUUCUCACCGGGCAGAGAUUUUGGGCUGGUUGCAGUGAUCUCUGUUCAAAGGGAUACCUAUGGCUCAGGCUUCUGAUGUCUGUCCUUCUACUCAUGGUGCCAAAAGCUCCCUCUCAAAUCCUUUGUUGGGAUCUUGGAAGUUUUGAAUGUGAAGCUGGAGCAUGGGGACCCCCCAGCUGGUUGCUAUGAGCUGUCAAGGUUUGCCCUGAGAGAAGGGACUCCUUGAUAGCCAGCAGACUUAGCCAGUUUGUGGGUGGCUGGGUGGACUCUAAUCCCCAAGUGGCAUCAGGAGCCUGUCAGCAGGAGCAAAGCCAGGGAUUGGGGUCAUGCUGUCCUCUGAAACAGCAGGGAUAGGGUGGAGGAAGAGGCCAGCUUUGGGCCUGAUGGGGUGCAGCAGGUCCCAAGCAAGCACUGCAGUGCCCAGAGGUUACGCUGAUACCUGUGUUCAUUGGCCAGUGCUUGCUUCAGUGCUUGCAACAGAAUUUAGUGCACACCCUGUGCCCUCAGCAUGGGCAGGAAGGGCCUGCUCUGUGCCAGGCUGUGCACCCCUGGGCCCUCCAGACCCCCCGCCAGACGCCCCGAUCACUGUCCCUUGCAGCCCAGCUGCUGCAUGAGCCUCUCGGGGUAUGGGGCAGAUCUGGCUGAAGCCUGAGAUGACACUGGGUUUUAGCAGCUAUGAUGUUUCUCCUUGGAAUGGCGCAGCCAGCAAAGCAGGCCAGGAAAUGUCAAAGGCAGCAGGGCUGGGCAGGAAAUGCUACUUCCAGUGCACUGUAGCUGCUAUGGUCUCAUGUCUGCUGCCCCCAGCGUGGCACGUGGCCCUUGGAGCCGGCAGUGGAGCAGGCAGGGAGGCCUGGACCUGUUGCCCUCUAGUCCCAGCCCUGUGCCACCUGCCUCGAUUCCUAGUGGGAGCGUGGGCUCACAAAGGUGGAACGUAAGCCCUCUUCCCCAGGCUUCCCAUCUCAGCUGGGAGCCCGAUGCCUGUCCCUCCAUGCCCUAGAGCAGCCUCUUCUUUCCCAGGGGGUGGAGGCCAUGGCCCUGUGGGGUGUGUGCCCAGGAGCAGGGCUGGGCUGGCUGGGAAAGCUGCCCCAUCCAACUCCCUCUCUCCUGGCCGCUCCCAGCUUGGGCUCGUGGGUGCUUUUGUCCCAUCGCUCGCUGUUCUUGUCGUUCCCAGAAGAAGCCUCCAGGGGGUGCAGCUGUCCCGCUGGAUCGGGGCCCUCCCUGCGUGCUGUGUCCUGUCCUGGGCCUUGCUGGUGGAGUGGAGCCCCCCGCUGCCUGCAGACACUCCUGCCCAUGCCCUCGCGCCCCAGCCUGGCAGCCAGGCUUACUGGAGGGUCAGUAGCACGCCUGGCAAGGCGGCACGGGGUAGCGGGUGGAGCUGCGCCCCUCGUCUUCUCGGCUACUUCAGUGGCUAGCAGAGCAGCCUUUUUGCUUCUGUGCUUCUGUUUCCUUAUCCGUGCGCCGCCCGGACACUACUGUCUUCAGGUUUGCCAGGGUGGCACCUUCCCCUUCUCACAGUCCUCUGGGGCUCUCGUGUGAAAGGUGCUGGGCAUGUGGUGGGGGCAUGACUCAUUCCCCUGGCCUGGGUCAAAGCUGUGUGACCCAGGCAGUCUCUGCAGUUGCUUGCUGGCAUCAGGCAGGGCUCAGAUGUGGGGCGGGGGCACAAGUUCCCUUCCCCUGGCAGGUCGUGCCCCACCUGCUGCACCUGGCUCUGCCGUGCUGGGUGGGUUCCUUUGCUCCCCCCUCCCCAGCACCAGACAAGCCCAGAUCUCCAUACAAUGCGGAGCGGAAGGCAAACACUCAGCAGAGACAGGCUGAUCCAAGCAGUGCCCUGAUCGGCUGAGUCACCACCUCUGCGGUGGGGGACGUGCUGGACAGUGCCGCCCUGUUCCCGGCCUGGGGCUUUCUUCACCCCCCUGCCAGCUCCUGUUCCCGGCAGGGUGCCUGUGGGUUUUCCUUGCAAUAUCCCUCCUUUAUUUGAGCCCCCCCCAGCAGAGUCUGGCUUCCCAGACAGUCCUCUCUGGGCUGCUGGGUUCUGUGGUUAAAGGGGUUCAGCCUGCUCACCAGCCCGCGUGUGUGGGUUGGUGGGUGGGUGUGGGGGGAGGGAGGGUUGCGUCGUGAAGGGUCGGAGCUGAGGAUCCCUGCCUGCUGUCUUAACGGGGUACUGUCCAUUAGCCUCAGACCCGUGGUGGCAGCAAGCUGGGUGUCUGGACCCUGCCUCCACUGUCCCCCACCCCAGGCAGCACAGCCUGCUUUCAUAAAGCACUUUAAACCCCACUCCUGAAACUCCCCAGCUCGGUGCCAGCUCAGCCUGGCGCUCCCUGAGCACCGGGCACUGCUGGCUUCCCCCCCUGGUACGGCAGCAGGGGGUGGCGGUCUUGCCCUCCAGGGGCAGGAGGGGCGUCCCGUGUUGUGUGUUGUCUGUCGGAUGCGGCGUCCUAGCCGGUCAUGCUGUUCCCGUGUGUUCUUUGUGACUCUUUUGCAUUUGACUAGGACUUUUAACGAGACAUCCGUUUUUUGACGAACAAUCGAUGAUGUAUUUGUAGCGGACCAUUUUUUUUCUCAAUAAAUACAGUUUCAUCCA